AUGAAGCGACUUUUCGAAAAGCUCAAAAUCAAAAAGCGCCGUUCAAAACCAGGUAAAGGUCUUAAGUGCUGCCUGCCAAUAGUUGACAAAACUAUUCUGAUAUUGGGGUUUCGGGUCUCGCUUUUAUCUUUGCUCUCGUACCUUGCCGACUGGCUCAUUUAUGGCCUUAUAGCUCUUAUCGCAGCUAUUCUCUAUCACUCUGAACCCCUUUUACAGGAAUUCUCUCUCAAGGAUCGUCGAAUCAUGUAUUCAUAUUACCCAGAGAUUAAGCUCAUGGUUCCAGUCUGGGCGCUUAUUAUUUGUGUUUUGGUAAUCCCCUUGAUAAUCAGCUUCUUAUCAAGCAUCUUUUCCAUUUGGAAAUGGCCCCGUAAGCUAUGGGACGCCCACAUUUUUGCUCUCGGCUUGAUUGGCGCGUUAGCUUUUCAGUUUUUUGUGACAACAAUUAUAAAAAAUGCCACAGGAAAGCCCAGACCGGAUUUUUUGCACAGAUGCAAGCCUUAUGAUUAUACCCCACCGCUAGCUGCUUAUACCUCCGUUGUAUACCAUUUUUUAUACAAUGCUGGACGGUUUCGCAUUUUUGAUGGCCGAGGACUUUCUUGGAAAUUUAUAUUUUCUGUGAUUCCUCUGUGUACUGCUAACUUUGUAAGUUUUGCAGGAAUUUCAGACAAUCGCAACUUUUUAGAAGAUGUUUUAUUUGGCAUGUUACUUGGAACCAUCAUUGGAUGGAUAUUCUACCGUAUGUACUUCCCAUCUGUAUUUGAUACCAAAAAUGGAGGCAAGGCAUAUCCUCCUAGACGCUUUGGAAUACCCUACUUUUCAAGUUCAGCUUCCUUUUAUCCAUUUGCUCAGGAAAUGGCUCUAGUGAGCUCACAGCAGUCGGAAGGCUUGCCUAUGGUUGAACUCAGACAAUAUUGCCCCCCGCCACCGCUUCCGCCACCGCCUCCGGUUCCACCACCCCCAUCUCAAGCACCAGUUUUUCUCCCAUCAAUACCCAUGGCUCCCAACGUCAUUGUGAAUAUUAAGAAACACCCAAACCACUUCCACCAUACCAAGGACCACGCAGAGCCAUCUAAACAUACCCAUAAUGGCAAACACAUGCCUAAGGAAGAUUUAUUAUUGUAG